UUUACGUGUCGCACACGUAAGCUCUAUCGGACUCGAUCAACAAACCUCGCGCAAAAUACAGAGAGGAGAAUUUCGGCAAGGUUUGACGUGUCGAGGCCUUUAGAAUGCUGCCGUGUGGAAAUUGCUGUAUAAGUCCGCACUUUACGGCUCGCAUAAAGUUCCGAUAGAGUCGUUAAACGAUCGCGCGUGACGAACGAAAGAAACAGGCAGGCGAACGUGAUCUCCGACCGAAGUUCGAUGUCCGCGAAAUGGCGAACUUAAGCCCCUUUGCAUAAUUUAUUCGGAUUCCUUGUUUGAUAACGACAUCGAAAAUAAGGACUCGGAUUAUAAGCGGCGGAGAUGGAUUGCGUCGUCGCAGAUGUAAAAAGAGAUGAAGCUACAAAAUAUUAAAGCUCGCAAGUGCUCGUGGGCGUACACAGAAAGACAGAGAGAGAGAGAGAGAGAGAGAGAGAGGGAGAGAGCGGUUUGCGGUCAAGUCUUAUCACAGCAUGUCUUCCGUAUAUCGAAAAUAGGAUUGUCACGACAUCUUCUAGAAGAAGCGUAAAUUUUAUUUUAUAUUACUUAGACGGUAAUACAAGGGAUUAUUGAAUACCGACCAAUGUCAACCAACUGUAGAAUAUCCUACCAUCGAUAUCAUCACGUGACAUGGCAUCUAUCACAAUUGAUCAGAGUUCGUUAGAACAUAUUACACUCCAGUGAAAAAGAAGAAAUGCCAGUAGGUUAGCAAAUCCGAAACAAAGAAACAUACUAGUUAACCUUAAAGGCAUGUAAACAGAAGAAACUGUCAAAUCAAAGAAAGGAUAUAUGAUUGAAAAACAGAUGAAAAGAAAAAUAAUAAAUAGAGAAACGAAUUUGAGAUUUUUCUAAAGCAAAGUAUUUUCCACAUUUAAGAUACAACAAACCAGUAUAAUAAGAUGAUGCAGCAAGAAAAUAUUCAGGUUCCAAAUCAGGUACAGAAUGUACCAAUCAUCCCCUCUCAAAUGGAUUCCUCAAUCGCUAUAAGAAUAGCUAUGGGAGCAAAAAUGAUCCACGAAAGGGCACUGAUGGCUCGUCCAGAUAUAUGGCACAAAAUCAGAGUUAUCAGAGGCUCGCAGUAUGAUAAGGAGACAGUUUUGAAAGCUAUUUUAAAAGCAGUAGAACCAACUGAUUUAAUACCAGUGAAAUAUCAAGUUUGUGGAGAGGAUGCAUAUUUUAUAGCGAGAAAUUGCGGCCCUGCUCUCGAAAUGCUUUGCAAAACGAACCUGAUCAUUAAAAAUGUCAAGGGCGAUGCUAUUAUUCUCGUGGUGACUUUGGGAUACGCCUCGAUCAAUGAUCUAAGAAUUCACAUACAGCCAAUAUUAUUGACCGCACUGACCAAGAGAUACGAUCCAAAUCUGAAGACCUUAAACUUGGAAAAUUUUCACUUAGAUCCGGAUAUAGACAAGACUGUCUAUUGCCCAUUGUCGCAGCUCAGAACAUCCAAUCACGUUUUGAAGAUGGCCAAAACUGCUAUAGCUACUAUUGAACAUCUGAAUUUACAACGAAAUGAGCUAUUCAACAUAUCGGCGAUAGAGAAUUCGAGUUUAACGUCCAUAAAAUACUUAGACUUGAGGCAUAACAACUUGUUGAAUAUGGACGUGCUAACUCCUCUCAAGAAUCUGGAGAUUGUCAAACUUUGGUUAGACGGAAAUCCGCUUUGCGAGAAUUAUUCAACCGCGAACCAGUACGUCGAAUCUGCGAAAAAAUAUUGUCCACAUUUGCAAGAGCUAGAUGGUGUAUCCAUUGUACCAAAUAUGCCGUUGAUGUACAGAGACUACUUUCAGGACGAAAGAACGCAACGUCUCGUACAUAAAUUCGCCUAUCAUUUCUUUAAUUUGCACGAUCAACUCGAUAGAACGAUUUUACGAGGACUUUAUCACAAGGACGCAUUUUAUUCCAUGAGCUUCGCCAUUCCCAAUGCCGUCGCGCAGAAGACUGGACUUAAUCUGUACACGGGCAACAGAAAUCUGCUAAAGAAAGGUCCGAAGAAAAAUACGUUUCUCUAUUAUACUCAGGAGGACAUUCUGGCAGCUUUGUGCAAAUUGCCCAGGUCCUAUCACGAUAGGAGUUCUUUCACAUAUGACGUCAUGUAUGACGAUGACAAGUGCAUCGUGUUCUGCGUCUCGGGAUUAUUCAAAAAGCUAAGCUCCGGCACGAACGUGCUGUCGUUUUCUAGAACGUUCGUCCUGUUGGCUUCCCUGGACAACGAGUAUCAUAUUUUAAACGACCAGUACCAUAUAUAUGCACCGCCAAAGAAUAUGACACCCGAUAAAAUAGUAGUGAAAUAUGCAUACGACGAAAUCGUGCCGGUUUGCUUCAGUUCAAGCGAAAAGUCGGUGCUAAUCACCAGAAUGAAGCAGGUCACCAAAAUGAACGAUGAAUGGUGCGAAUCGUAUUUGUUGGAAGCUCAAUGGGAUAUGCGAAAGGCGAUAUCUGAAUUUAUGAAGGACCUUAAAAGUUCCUCGAUAUCGGAAAACGCAUUCGUUAAUAACUAAAUAAAGCAGGCAUUUUUAAAAAUAAUAUAUAAAUAACAAUGCUUAGCUUUGUGUAAAUAAAUUUGUAUAUAUAUUUUUAAA